AUGGACACAGAUGCGGACCGGGCACAGAAACACGGCAUGGAUGAGUUCAUCUCAGCCAACCCCUGUAGUUUCGACCACUCCUCCCUGUUUGAGAUGGUGCAGCGCCUCACCUUGGACCACAGGCUCAAUGACUCCUACUCCUGUUUGGUGAGGAAAAGGGUUAACAGUGUAGAGGUUCCCUCAUUAUUUUUCUUUGAGAUGUGAUCCCAUACAGUGAGGGAAAAAAGUAUUUGAUCCCCUGCUGAUUUUGUACGUUUGUCAAAUACUUAUUUCCCUCAUUAAAAUGCAAAUCAAUUUAUAACAUUUUUGACAUGCGUUUUUCUGGAUUAUUUUGUUGUUUUUCUGUCUCUCACUGUUCAAAUAAACCUACCAUUAAAAUUAUAGACUGAUCAUUUCUUUGUCAGUGGGCAAACGUACAAAAUCAGCAGGGGAUCAAAUACUUUUUUCCCUCACUGUAUAAGUUAUUCUAUCAUUGAACACCCCCCUCUUUUGUCAAUGUUGCAGGGCUGGUUCAGUCCAGGCCAGGUGUUUGUCAUGGAUGAGUACUGUGCUCGUAAUGGUGUGCGGGGGUGUCACAGACACCUGUGUUACCUGGGCGACCUGCUGGAGCGGGCGGAGAACGGGGCUAUGAUCGACCCCACCCUGCUACACUACAGUUUUGCCUUCUGUGCAUCACACGUCCACGGCAACAGGUACAGAGAACUGACGUACAGCUCUCCUUCUACGCUAUCUCCUCUCUCUCUCUCUCUCUCUCUCUCUCGCUCUCUCGCUCUCUCUCUCUCUCUCUCUCUCUCUCUCUCUCUCUCUCUCUCUCUCUCUCUCUCUCUCUCUCUCAGAAAUGCUAACAGGAAUUCAUGUUAUGCAUAUGAAAGCAAACCAAGAAUCCCCGCUCAGAGAAGCCACUCUACAACCAACCUUCUAUAAAAAAUCAAUCUCAUUCAGAGAAGACUGUAACCCAGUGUGUAUUCCACCCAACACCCUGUAUCCCAGUUUUGGAUGCAAUCAUCUGGACCAGUAUACAUCACCAAGCCACCCAAUCCCAUGCUUGUUGUUUUGUUGCCUCAGUCAAAGCUUACUUUCUCUAAUAUAAUUUUUUCAGUCACUUAUGAUUUUAAGUUUCUCAUGUUCAGUUGGGAUUUGUGUAUAUUAUUACAUUUUUCUUCUUUCUUAGUUGUCUGUUCUUCUGUUGUCAAUGAAUUGUUUGUCAUUGUCUGUUAUUAUUUUUGUUUGCCAUUAUUACUUUUCUCUUCUUCUCUUUUUUUUCCCUUGCUUGCUCUCAUAACAUCACCCCUGCCUCUCCCUCAUGUAACCUGUAGUCAGAGACUGUCUGAGUUGCUAAACUGGCCUGUAACCGAGGCAGAGCUUCAGAGCUACCUUUACCCCCCCCACCCCAGAGACCCCCACCCCCCCCAAGAGGGAACUCAAAAUCAUGGAGUUUAGGAAAAAAAAGGACUCCAAGUCCCAGGCUGCCUCUUGGCCCAGAAGGUAAGAGUCUGUGCUGCUUCUCCCGCGUUCACGUGCUAUUGGAGUUAUCGGAAAUUCCUAGUUCCAACUGGGAAGUUUUACUUGAAUGACCCGCCAAGUCGAAAUUUCAAGUGGGAAACUCUGAGUAAAUGUUGUUGCCCGAGUUGCCGAUGACUUUUCAGCACUGACUUUGACCUGUUCAACCAAAAGAUGAUAACAAAUCCAGUUUUGAAUGAAACAAAGUCGUUUUUCCGACAUCACAACUAGGAAAUAGGAAGUUCUGAUGCACAUGUGAACGUGCAUUCCUCCCUGAUAGAUCCACUGUGACUCCCACCCGACCUUAGUGACAUGAGUGUUGUAACAAGAUUAAAUACUGUAGUUGAAAUAUUGAAAUAAUUAAUGAGUAUUGCAAGUGUUUUGUUUUUUAAAUAAUAAAAUGUCUGUGUUUGCAUGUGUACUUGCAUACGUAUGUACGUUUGUAUGUACACUACCAGUCAAAAGUCUGGACACACCUACUCAUUCAAGGGUUUUUCUUUAUUUGUAAAAAAAAGUAGGUGUGUCCAAACUUUGGACUGGUACUGUAUGUGCGUGUGUGUUUAUGUACAUCUGCCCAGACUUUUGUAUGUCGUAAUCAUGGCUCGAUCUCUAGUCAACAUAAACAAGCUAGUGUCACUACAGUGAGGGGCGAAGGUCAUGGGCAGCUGUCUGUCAGUCUGCCCCAAUCUGACACUCCUCCUACCCAACCCCUCCCUCCCCCAUCCUGUGACAGACAGUGAUCAAGCUGAGGUGGGCUGUCUGUUUGAGUCCUAUGAUCAGGCUGGACAGAGAGAUGGGUGUAGCUCCAAGACAGGAGGAUGGGAGUGGGGGGGGGGGGUGGAGAGAGAGAGAGAGAGAGAGAGAGAGAGAGAGAGAUAGAGAGAGAGAGAGAGAUAGAGAGAGAGAGAGAGAGAGAGAGAAGAGAGAGAGAUAGAGAGAGAGAGAGCAGAGCGAGAGAGAGAGAGAGAGAGAGAGAGAGAGAGAAACUGUACUGUACUGUAGUGGGAGCUCUCCAGCCGGCCAGUCUGCCUGAAGGUCAGGGAUGACAGGAUGACAGGUCAUCAUGGGUGACGGGCGAGUGUCUCCUGCCACUGUCCGAGACCAGCCCGCCUCCAGUCCCCAUGACCAUGACAGCCCCGUGCUGCCCGCGAGAGAAACCCCUCUCUGGCCAAGACCACCCUGACCCCCCUUACACCCCUCACCCACCCACAACCUAAUAGCCUUAUAGCUACAGGGCAUGAACUGAAUAUUAUAGGGAGUACAGUAGCCUAGGAGUAAAUUGAGAGUAAAUAGUCUGUUUAAGGGUUGGAGUUGAUUUAAUUCCACCUCCAGUUAGUUUAGGUAACGCUUUGGAAAUGUGGUGUUUGAAUGUUAAAAAUACCAGUUAAAUAUGGCCUUUAUCUUUUUAAAUUGGAUGUACGAGUCAAUUUGUGAUUUGGCUGUAAUUCAGCUCCAGUCAUGUAUUGUGGAAACCUCUGAUGGGGUUUUCCUCUGAUGUUAUUAGUUUCUCUGAUCGCUCUAUGACAAAUGACGUCUGAUUUCCAUGUAGUCAUGACAAUAGAGGUUAUGAAAAUGUUAUGAAAGCUGUGUAGGAACAGAAAAUAAGGCUAGGCAUAAUUAGUGUGAAAUUAUCUAAUUCGUUUUUUCUUGACGAACUGUCAGAGGCAGAGAUUACACACACACACACAUCACAUACCAUGUUAUUAAAGGCUUUGGCUUUUUAUUGCUUAUGACAUGUCUCAGAUGAACACACACACACAAAAACACAAACACUGACAAACAUAGCCUGAAACACACACACACACACACACACACACACACACACACACACACACACACACAGAGGGAGCAUGGGUGAGGGGCCUAUCUCCUUAUAGUUAGUGACACGGCUGAGGAUGGGGGAACGUGAGCACAGGGGAACGUGAGUGCAUGUGACAGAGGAGGCACUGGUCGCCGUGACAGCGGCUUGAGGAGCAGGAGACGUGACAUGCUUGUUGUCACCGGGCCCAGGAUGUCAUCUUAUUGAAGGAGAGUGAGAAAGGAGGGGGGGGGGGGGGAUACUCCUUCUGUCAGACACGAUGGGGGCCACAGCUUGGCAUGGGGGUGUGUGGGGGGCAGGGGGGAAGCAGUAAUUACCCCCCCCCCCCCCCCCCCCCCCCCCUCCUCUCUGUAACCCAAUUUGUAAGUCACUCUGGAUAAGAGCGUCUGCUAAAUGAUGUAAAUGUAAAUGUAAAUGUAACCAUCCUCUCAGAUAGCUGGCUGGCUCUUACCUGUAGAAUACACCACACAUACGCUGGAUUUGAACUGUAGGCUCUGCUGUGGACAUAUAACUAGAUACUGCACGUGUAUUAUGUUAGCUGAAAUUCUCAAUUAGACCUCCAGUGAGCGUUUGACCCUUGUGUGACCCCUGUGAUUACUGUGUCAGUGGUGGCCAUACUGUCUACUCUGAUUUGGGACAUUAUGAUGAUACUAAUAUAACAUUUAGCAAAAACAAUUGUCCAAAGGGAUCUUCCAAUUAAUACAUACUGUUUAUACACUGUACUUUAUGUGGCCCAUGUGGGAAUGAAAGCCACAACCUUGGUGUUUCCUGCCCCAUGCUCCAACCAUAUAAACUAUAUGGUACUGUAUGCCCCUCAGGCCUGACGGGAUAGGGACGGUGACUGUGGAGGAGAAGGAGCGCUUUGAGAAUAUCAAGGAAAGGCUGCGUGUUCUGCUGGAGAACCAGAUCACACACUUCAGGUGUGUACUGUACUUACUGCCAAGUCUGUAACUGACCCUGGCACAGACACGCCUAUGGGACUCAUCAGACCACAGAUUAUAGGUAAUGACAGAUGCCAAUCACUGUGCCCUGCUAAGUGUUACUUACAUUCUGAUCUCAAGAACCAGCUAGUCAUUUAUAAACUCUAGAACUCCCUGAGGAUAAAGAAUGGUCUUAUGAUGAAGGAAUACAGUAUAUUCGGAAAGUGUUCAGACCCCUUCACUUUUUACAGCCUUAUUCUAAAAUGUAUUAAAUAAAAACAUUUCCUCAUCAAUCUAAACACAAUACCCUAGAAUGACGAAGUGAUAACAGUUUUUUUGCAAAUAUAUAAAAAUAAUAACAACAGAAAUAGCUUAUUUAUUAAGUAUUCAGACCCUUUUCUAUAAGACUCGAAAUUGAGGUGCAUCCUGUUUCCAUUGAUCAUCCUUGAGAUGUUUCUACAACUUGAUUGGAGUCCACCUGUGGUAAAUUCAAUUGGUUGGACAUGAUUUGCAAAGGCACACACCUGUCUAUAUAAGGUCCCACAGUUGACAGUGCAGGUCAGAGCAGAAACCAAGCCUUGAGGUCGAAGGAAUUGUCCGUACCAAACAAUUUCAGCAGCAUUGAAGGUCCCCAAGAACACAGUGGCCUCCAUCAUUCUUAAAUGGAAGACGUUUGGAACCACCAAGACUCUUCCUAGAGCUGGCUGCCCGGCAUAACUGAGCAAUCGGGGGAGAAAGGCCUUGGUCAGGGAGGUGAACAAGAACCUGAUGGUCACUCUGCCAGAGCGCCAGAGUUCAUCUGUUGAGAUGGGAGAACCUUCCAGAAGGACAACCAUCUCUGCAGCACUCUACCAAUCAGGCAUUUAUGGUAGAGUGGCCAGAUGGAAGCCACUCCUCAGUAAAAAGCACAUGACAGCCCACUUGGAGUUUACCAAAAGGCAACCAAGAUUGAACUCUUUGGCCUGAAUGCCAAGCGUCACAUUUGGAGGAAACCAGGCACCGCUCAUCACCUGGCCAAUACCAAGCCUACGGUGAAGCAUGGUGGUGGCAGCAUCAUGCUGUGGGGAUGUUUUUCAGCGGUAGGGACUGGGAGACUAGUCAGCAUCAAGGGAAAGAUGAAUGGAGCAAAGCAGAGAGAUCCUUGAUGAAAACCUGCUCCAGAGCGCUCAGGACCUCAGACUGGGGCGAAGGUUCACCUUCCAACAGGACAACGAUCCUAAGCACACAGCCAAGAAAAUGCAGGAGUGGCUUCGGGACAAGUCUCUGAAUGUCCUUGAGUGGCCCAGCCAGAACCCAGACUUCAACCCGAUCGAACAUCUCCGGAGAGAUCUGAAAAUAGCUGUGCAGCAACGCUUCCCAUCCAACUUGACAGAGCUUGAGAGGAUCUGCAGAGAAAAAAGGGAGAAACUCCCCAAAUACAGGUGUGCUAAGCUUGUAGCGUCAUACCCAAGAAGGCUCGAGGCUGUAAUCGCUGCAAAGGUGCUUCAACAAAGUACUGAGUAAAGUUUUUUACAAUUUGCACAAAUGUUAAAAAACCUGUUUUUGCUCUGUCAUUAUGGGGUAUUGUGUGUAGAUUGAUGAGGGUAAAAAACAAUUUAAUCAAUUUUAGAAUAAGGCUGUAAAGUAACAAAAUGUGGAAAAAGUGAAGGGGUCUGAAUACUUUCUGAAUGCGCUGUACCUUCAUAGAAACCCUACAUUAAUGAAACUGGAUUUCUUUCACAGGUACUGUUUUCCAUUUGGUCGACCGGAGGGGGCCCUGAAAGCCACUUUGUCCCUGCUUGAGAGGGUAUGUUAUUAUGCAUCCUUUUUUAGCCUUACCUUAUGUUCUAUUAACCAUGGACACACACCUUCCUUUAGGCUAUGGGACAAAAAAAAAACGGAAUAAUAUUUUAAAUGUUGUCUAUUUGAUUACUAUAUUAUGUUUUAUAUAAUAUAGGCUAUUUGGUCAAACAGAUGUUUGUCACCUGUUCUCUAGAAGUGAAGGGUCAACACGCGCACUCCCAUGCUUUUCCCGUUUGUUGUACACAGGUCUAGAUUUGGUUGAGGGCCCCCCCCCCAGACCUGGCGCCAGGAUAAAGUGACUAAGGGGACAGUUGAAAUUGGCGAGGGGUCAAAUUGUUGGGUAGUUUUUGCAUUGGAAUUCUAUUGAAUUCUGUUGAUAUAAUCACGCUAUACCACAAUAAACAUAAAGUUAAAAUGCCGAGACUCAUUGAGUACUUUUGACAUCUGUAGCCUCUCUGCAGCACAAUGGACAGCGCCCUACAACUAGGCCGUUUUGGUAAUGAAUAUAGGCUACAAGAUAGAUAGGACAAUUCACCUAUUACAAACAGGCUAUGUGAAUGCAGCUGGACACACAGCUGUCUUACCAAAAUAAUGCAAACUAAAUGCUGAAAGUAGUAGCCUAGUUAUGCAUACAUGCAAACAAAAAUACUGAAUAGCAGUUUGGCUUAGAAUACCGAUAAAACUGUGAAUGCGAACAAAUGCGUACAGAACAAAACAAUGGUACCAAGUAGUACUCCUGAGUGGCGCAAGUAGUACUCCUGAGUGGCGCAGUGGUCUAAGGCACUGCAUCGCAGUGCUAACUGUGCCACUAGAGAUCCUGGUUCGAAUCCAGGCUCUGUCGCAGCCGGCCGCGACCUGGAGACUCAUGGGCGGCGCACAAUUCGUCCAGGGUAGGGGAGGGAAUGGCCGGCAGGGAUGUAGCUCAGUUGAUAGAGCAUGGUGUUUGCAACGCCAGGGUUGUGGGUUCGUUUCCCACGGGGGGCCAGUAUAAAAAAAUAUGUAUUCACUAACUGUAAGUCGCUCUGGAUAAGAGCGUCUGCUAAAUGACUAAAAUGUAAAUGUAAAUGUAGUAGGCCUAGUAAACAAAAUAUCAGAUCGAUAAAGGCAUGACACAAUUUAUAUUUAGGUUAGUUACAUCAACAGUAAACAAAUGCAGUAAACAAAAGGCGAAUGGAGAUCUAAAUAACCAAAACAUAGGUACAGCCUACUACAGUGAGAUGCAGCCGUGCACCGCUGUCUUGCCAAAUAAAUAAGCCUAUACAGGCCAGCUUCAAACAUGGAAAAUCAUGCCACUCGUUCAUGAGUUCAGCAACACGUUGUGAUAUGGCACAAUACACGGAUCAAAUUCGACCCACGUAAUCAAUUAAGCAAUGCCAGCCUACCAUAAACACAUUUCCAAUACGUACAGUUGCAUUUACAGCAAUGAAAACCAACAGGCUACCAAGAAAAUCAUAAUAAAAUGAUGACACAUACCGAUAUGUAGCUAUACCCAGGGGUGUCAUUUGGGUUCUUGCAUUGGAAUUAUAUUGAAUUGUGCUUAUAUCACGCUAUACCACAAUAAAAAUAAAAGUUCCAAAAACGCUUUUAACCAAGAAGUGAAGGGUUCAAUUGCACAAAAUAUCGCUGCGCUCUAUCAGCACCAUGAACACCGCCCUACACACUAAAGCAAGAUUGUGAUCAAAACCAACCAGCUACAUUGUUUCAGUCUUACCUUUUCAAAAGAUUUGCAGCUUCCUUGAUGCUCUGUGGAACUUCCUGAAUAAUUGAUAAUUCCAUUCUCCCUGAAAUCUUCUCGUAAUAUCCCCAUCAAAUGCCAGUUGGAUUAGUUGGGCUUUCCUCAGGUGUAGCAUGCUUCUUAUGUGCUAACUGAACAUGUUUGUCAAAGUGGAAAAUGAGUUCUCACAUGUACAGUUGAAGUCGGAAGUUUACAUACAGUCGUGGUCAAAAGUUUUGAGAAUGACACAAAUAUUAAUUUUCACAAAGUCUGCUGCCUCAGUUUUUAUGAUGGCAAUUUGCAUAUACUCUAGAAUGUUAUGAAGAGUGAUCAGAUUAAUUGCAAUUAAUUGCAAAGUCCCUCUUUGCCAUGAAAAUGAACUAAAUCCCCCAAAAAACAUUUAUACUGCAUUUCAGCCUGCCACAAAAGGUCCAGCUGACAUCAUGUCAGUGAUUCUCUCAUUAACACAGGUGAGAGUGUUGACGAGGACAAGGCUGGAGAUCACUCUGUCAUGCUGAUUGAGUUAGAAUAACAGACUGGAAGCUUUAAAAGGAGGGUGGUGCUUGAAAUCAUUGUUCUUCCUCUGUUAACCAUGGUUACCUGCAAGGAAACAUGUGCCGUCAUCAUUGCUUUGCACAAAAAGGGCUUCAUAGGCAAGGAUAUUGCUGCUAGUAAGAUUGCACCUAAAUCAACCAUUUAUCGGAUCAUCAAGAACUUCAAGGAGAGAGGUUCAAUUGUUGUGAAGAAGGCUUCAGGGCGCCCAAGAAAGUCCAGCAAGCGCCAGGACCGUCUCCUAAAGUUGAUUCAGCUGCGAGAUCGGGGCACCACCAGUGCAGAGCUUGCUCAGGAAUGGCAGCAGGCAGGUGUGAGUGCAUCUGCACGCACAGUGAGGCGAAGACCUUUGGAGGAUGGCCUGGUCUCCAGGAAAAACAUCAGGGACAGACUGAUAUUCUGCAAAAGGUACAGGGAUUGGAAUGCUGAGGACUGGGGUAAAGUUAUUUUCUCUGAUGAAUCCCCUUUCCGAUUGUUUGGGGCAUCCGGAAAAACGCUUGUCGGGAGAAGACAAGGUGAGCGCUACCAUCAGUCCUGUGUCAUGCCAACAGUAAAGCAUCCUGAGACCAUUCAUGUGUGGGGUUGCUUCUCAGCCAAGGGAGUGGGCUCACUCACAAUGUUGCCUAAGAACACAGCCAUGAAUAUAGAAUGGUACCAACACAUCCUCCGAGAGCAACUUCUCCCAACCAUCCAAUAACCGUUUGGUGACGAACAAUGCCUUUUCCAGCAUGAUGGAGCACCUUGCCAUAAGGCAAAAGUGAUAACUAAGUGGCUCGGGGAACAAAACAUCGACAUUUUGAGUCCAUGGCCAGGAAACUCCCCAGACCUUAAUCCCAUUGAGAACUUGUGGUCAAUCCUCAAGAGGCGGGUGGACAAACAAAAACCCACAAAUUCUGACAAACUCCAAGCAUUAAUUAUGCAAGAAUGGGCUGCCAUCAGUCAGGAUGUGGCCCAGAAGUUAAUUGACAGCAUGCCAGGGCGGAUUGCAGAGGUCUUGAAAAAGAAGUGUCAACACUGAAAAUAUUGACUCUUUGCAUAAGCUUAAUGUAAUUGUCAAUAAAAGCAUUUGACACUUAUGGAAUGCUUGUAAUUAUACUUCAGUAUACCAUAGUAACAUCUGACAAAAAUAUCUAAAAAACUGAAGCAGCAAACUUUGUGAAGACCAAUACUUGUGUCAUUCUCAAAACUUUUGACCACGACUGUACACGUAGGUUGGAGUCAUUAAAACUCAUUUUUCAACCACUCCACAAAUUUCUUGUUAACAAACUAUAGUUUUGGCAAGUCAGUUAGGACAUCUACUUUGUGCAUGACACAAUACAUUUUUCCAACAAUUGUUUACAGAUAGAUUAUUUCACUUAUAAUUCACUGUAUCACAAUUCCAAUGGGUCAGAAUUUUACAUACACUUAGUUGACUGUGUCUUUAAACAGCUUGGAAAAUUCCAGAAAAUUAUGUAAUGGCUUUAGAAGCUUCAGAUAGGCUAAUUGACAUCAUUUGAGUCAAUUGGAGGUGUACCUGUGGAUGUAUUUCAAGGCCUACUUUCAAAUUCAGUGCCUCUUUGCUUGAUAUCAUGGGAAAAUCAAAAGAAAUCAGCCAAGACCUCAGAAAGAAAAUUGUAGACCUCCACAAGUCUGGUUCAUCCUUGGGAGCAAUUUCCAAAUGCCUGAAGGUACCACAUUCAUCUGUACAAGCAAUAGUACGCAAGUAUAAACACCAUGGGACCACGCAUCGGUCAUACCGCUCAGGAAGGAGAUGCGUUCUGUCUCCUAGAGAUGAACGUACUUUGGUGCGAAAAGUGCACAUCAAUCCCAGAACAACAGCAAAGGACCUUGUGAAGAUGCUGGAGGAAACAGGUACAAAAGUAUUUAUAUCCACAGUAAAACGAGUCCUAUAUCGACAUAACCUGAAAGGCCGCUCAGCAAGGAAGAAGCCACUGCUCCAAAACCGCCAUAAAAAAACCAGACUACGGUUUGCAACUGCACAUGGGGACAAAGAUCGUACUUUUUGGAGAAAUGUCCUCUGGUCUGAUGAAACAAAAAUAGAACUGUUUGGCCAUAAUGACCAUCGUUAUGUUUGGAGGAAAAAGGGGGAAACUUACAAGCCGAAGAACACCAUCCCAACCGUGAAGCACGGGGGUGGCAGCAUCAUGCUGUGGGGGUGCUUUGCUGCAGGAGGAACUGGUGCACUUCCCAAAAUAGAUGGCAUCAUGAGGAAGGAACAUUAUGUGGAUAUAUUGAAGCAACAUCACAAGACAUCAGUCAGGAAGUUAAAGCUUGGUCGCAAAUGGGUCUUCCAAAUGGACAAUGACCCCAAGCAUACUUCCAAAGUUGUGGCAAACUGGCUUAAGGACAACAAAGUCAAGGUAUUGGAGUGGCCAUCACAAAGCUCUGACCUCAAUCCUAUAGAACAUUUGUGGGCAGAACUGAAAAAGCAUGUGCGAGCAAGGAGGCCUACAAACCUGACUCAGUUACACCAGCUGUCAGGAGGAAUGGGCCAAAAUUCACCCAACCUAUUGUGGGAAGCUUGUGGAAGGCUACCUGAAACGUUUGACCCAAGUUAAACAAUUUAAAGGCAAUGCUACCAAAUACUAAUUGAGUGUAUGUAAACUUCUGACCCACUGGGAAUGUGAUGAAAGAAAUAAAAGCUGAAAUAAAUAAUUCUCUCUACUAUUAUUCUGACAUUUCACAUUCUUAAAAUAAAGUGGGGAUCCUAACUGACCUAUAAUAGGGAAUUUUUACUAGGAUUAAAUGUCAGGAAUUGUGAAAAACUGAGUUUAAAUGUAUUUGGCUAAGGUGUAUGUAAACUUCCGCCUUCAACUGUAAGUAGCGUUUUCUUCCAGUUUUUUUUUUUACCCAAAGGAGUUAUACCUAACCGCCAGGUGGCUUUCCAUAGACCCCCUACGGCGCACCCUGUCCAUUGUGCUGACACAGAGCAGCGGAGAUACAGAUUUAUUUUGUCACUCAAUCAUUUGUACUUUUUUGCUAUUUGUAUAUAGGGACGUAAAAGGUAAAAUGUAGUUUUCUGCUGUUCUACACAUUUUGCCAUGAGGUGGAGAGAAAAUGUUGUAGUUUUAUAACACAUUUCAUGCAAUUCUACUCAUUUUGCAAUGGGGCAGAAAAUAAAUACUGCAGUUUUACAGCUAAUUUCCUGCAAUUAUACCCAUUUUGCCAUGGAGUGGAGAGAAUUGUUUUCAACUUUAAAGCAAAUUUCCUGCAAUUAUUAUGCCAUAUUAAUGAUAUCUUAGUGAGAGUGACUAACAAAAUCAAUGUGUACAGUUUAGAUAGCUGGCUGGCUAGAGUAACUUACCAAUCUAAAAAUUGUUAGCUGACAUGGCUAACUGAGUGACUGUCAGUGACUGACAUAACAAGAGGAAAACUGCGGAUGCACAACCGAAUUUCGAACAUGCACCUUGUUUAUUCUACUAUCCUAACUGAACAGUAAGUUGAGACCCUGACUGAGUUCAAAAAAUAUUAUGUUGCACUUUUACAGCAAGUUUUCUGCAGUUCUACACAUUUUGCCAUGGGGCGGAGAGAAAAUGUUGCAAUUGUAUAACACAUUUCAUGCAAUUCUAUUCAUUUUGCAUGACUUAUGCCAUGUUAAUGAUAUCUGAGUGAGAGUGGCUAACAAAGUCAAAAGAAUAAUUGGUCAGGGGCCCCCUAGCGGCCUGGGGCCCAAACGUUUGCCAGUGGUGUAAAGUACUUGAGUAGUUUUUUUUUGGUAUCUGUAGUUUACUUUACUAUUUAUAUUUUUGACAACUUUUACUUUUACUCCACUACAUUCCUAAAUAAAAUAUGUACUUUUUACUCCAUACAUUUUCCCUGACACCAACAAGUACUCAUUACAUUUGGAAUGCUCAAGCAGGACAGAAUUAUGGCACCUAUCAAUAUAACGCUUUGUCAUUCUUACUGCCUCUGAUCUGGCAGACUCACAAAACACAAAUACUGUGUUUGUAAAUGAUGUCUGAAUGUUGGAGUGUGCCCCUGUCUGUUCGUAAUUACAAAUAAUAAGAAAAUUGUGCCGUCUGGUUUGCUUAAUAUAAGGAAUUUGAUGUAUAGCAUUUAGUUUUACUUUGUACUUUUACUCAAGUAUGACAAUUGAGUACUUUUUCUACCACUGUACUUAAGUACAUUUAAAACCACUCAAGUAGUAUUUUACUGGGUAACUUUCACUUUUAAUUGAGUCAUUUUCUGUUAAGGUAUCUUUACUUCUACUCAAGUAUGACAAUUGAGUACUUUUUCCACCACUGGGGAUCGCUUAUGCCUGGAGCCGGCCCUGGUGGUACAGCCCUAAAAAUGCAUUUUUUCUACAACGUCUCCUGUUCUGUCCCAGGUGCUGAUGAAGGAUAUAGUGACCCCUGUGCCCCAGGAGGAGGUGAAGACAGUAAUCCGUAAAUGUCUGGAGCAGGCAGCCUUGAUCAACUACCAGCGCCUCUCAGAAUAUGCCAAAGUAGAAGGUAGAUGACCACUUCAAAUACACACUGACACACACACACCCCUCCACACACACACACACACACACACACACAAUGCAUCAUCACACCGUGUCCUAUACCCAUAGAGUAUUCUUUCACACACAGUACUGUACUGUACUAUUUAUGUUCUGUCGACAUUUUUGUCUCCCUUCUAGCAUUGUUACCACAAUAGCAUUGAUAUCUAUAGGGAUUAUCACACGUUGUUGUUGCACAGUGACCUACAGUACUUAGGGAAAAGACACAAUCAGACAGCAGUUGUGAGAUACUACAGACAUCAUGCCCUCUGGUGCUUUACCACAUUGCCCCCUGCAGGUCAACGGUUGCACACAAACGACAUGGCCUCUUAAACAUCAGGGCCCAGUUUCCCGAUAGCGAUGGGACUUAGGCUUAUGAGUAUUUUAAUUAUGCAUUGUUCCUACAACGGCUGAAGAUGUAACAUGUGUUUUCCAAAAGAUAUUGUCACAUUAUUCUAAUGCUUACCUAUAAUAAUUCACUAAAUCACAGAUUCAUUUGGCACAUCAUUGCGCACAUGUUGUUACACAAAUAUUUUGAGGCAAAAUUACAGACAGUGUAGCCUACAAAAUUGAACUCAAUUGACUGAAUAUAAAAUGUAUUUCAAUAUGAUUUAAAUACUGUAUAUAGGCCCAUGUAGCCUACAGGCCUACUGUAUUUAUUUUUUAAUGCAGUCAUCUCGGUUUUAAUUUGAAGCAUCCUUUUUAUCAUUUGCUUGUUCAAUUGCGAAGGCAAUGGCAACUGUGUAUUUGUAGUCAACUUCGUUCCAAAGUUAUCAGCGGUCACAGAAAAACAGAUAAACAGCUAUAUUUUUCGUUUAGCGGAGAUCUUCUGUGUAUAAAGUGAGGUGGAAGGGCAUCUGACUACAGUUUGGGUUUCCAAAAAAGAUAAAGAUCAUCUUUAGCACUGGCACUAGAAAUUGGAAGGCAAUGCACAAAAUAUAAUUUUUGUGUUUUGGGAGAACUCUCCAUUUAGAACUGAUCUCAGGGACAUUUUAAGAGGAAAGUCAAACAUUCAAAUACAAUCAAAUAAUGGAAAUAAGGUAUUGUAUUUAUAUUGUAUUGAAAAUGCAGUAGAUAACUUGAAGCAAAGAUUUCAUACAUAAUUUACACAAUGUGAUAUGUAAUAUUUAAUAUUGGCGUCUUUGUAUUAAUAUAACUGUUCUGUCCCCAGCUGCAGUAAACAGUAGAACAAUACUCUGUCUUCCCCUCCUGUGGCUGCUCUUACUUUUAGAUGUGCUUUUAAAGUUUAAACUCCCUUUUCAUUUACAGGUGUAAAUUACAAUAAACUUAAGAGAUGUGUAUAGUAAGUAAAAAUGCAUUCAACUCCCUGUGAAUCUGCCAUCUUUAUGCUGACUCCUGUGUGCCUCAGCUUUUCUCUGGGCCAGUCAACCCACUUUCCCUCUCCUCUCGCACACCGUUGCAGCUUCAAGGUGGGGUGAUGCUCUGAAGCAACAAUUCCUCCUUUCCUUGUUUCCUCUCCUUUGUUCUGAAAUAACAUUCAUCUUCUGUUCACCGCCUCCCACCCUCUCUGCUUUCCUCCUCCUUGUCUAUUGGCUUUGCUGCUUCACUCCAAGCCCCUUGUAGUGUGAACACAAGUCAGGAAGGCCAAUACACAAGGCAUGCUGGGAUUGCCCUCUGCAGCAACCCUGUCUGUUGCAUGUCCCAGGUUUUCUUUACUAGGCAUACAGAACUGGCUUACAAACUAAAUCAUGUGCUGGAAUAUAUUUCUAGGUGUGUGUAGCUUUGACUACAUUCACCUAUACUGUUUUACUGGAAAUAUCUAGUCUCAAAUUCAGCUCUUCUCUAUUCCGGUCAGUUUCUAUAAAGAAAUACCUGAGGGUGCCGAAGAUACUGAAGGAGAUGCCCCUUAGUAUCUUAGAGUGGAAAUACUGCAGAAAAAUCCUGUUCCUCAUAAACAUUUGCUUGUUUGUUGCCUUGAUCGGGAAAAACUCAAACUUGAUAGAAACGUCUCCCACCUUAAUACCAUUUGGCAUGAAUGGUUAAACAAAAGUGUGUACAAAGGCGACCGCCAGCCCGCACGCCCUUUGUCCACCCACCCACUCUCCUCCACAUUCGACACUUCGGGCCCAUCCCAAACCUUCUCCUCAGUCGUCAAACCCCACCCUCCACCACCACCAUCUCCACAGAGAACCCUGUGGGGACCCCUAACCCCCACAUGCAGCUACCCUCAGAACUCUGACCUCUCCUCCUCUGACCCCAGCCUCUUGCAUGCCCGAUCCUCUCUUGUAGGGAAAAAGAGAGAAAUGUAUGAGCAUCCUGUCUUCUGCUUGGCGUCUCAAGUGAUGGAUUUAACCAUUCGUGAGUACCUUCCUCUCCUGCUCCACACUCCUCCACCCCUUCCUCUUCCUCCCCUUUCCUCAACCAUGUUUUUCUGUUUUCAACAUCUCUCCAUUUGCACUUACCACCAUUCAUUGCUGCCCUCUUAACCAAUCUCUCGCUCUCGCUCUCGCUCUCGCUCUCGCUCUCGCUCUCGCUCUCGCUUCUCUCAAGUCCUUUGCCUUUUGAUCUGUUGCUUCUGUCUGUGAAAGGCACCUUCAAGAGAUCCAGGCCCAGGGUCUGUGUCUGUCUGUCUGUCUGUUAGGUCCUAGCAAGGCAAGCCAGGACCAAGGCUCCAACAGUCUGUGAAGAUCAUGAGAUAUCUUAUCUACUGUAUCUGUCAGCUUAUUUUUCUGUUCCCAUGCCUGUCUGCGACUUGAAUGCAUUUUUACUUUGCUUCUGUGUAAACCCCCCUCAGUCCUGUUGAACCAUGUCCCACUAGUACAGUACAUGAUACAGGUACACCAUACAGCUACUGUAUCAUAGAGAACAUUGUCAUGACUUUCCCUGUUUGUAUCAGUUCACACUGGGGGGGGGGGGGGGGGGGGGGGGGGGGGGGGUUGUUUGGACCACUGUCUGUAUAUGUUUUACUGUUUGAAGCUAUAUGUGUGUCUAUGUCGUACUACUGGUAAACAUCAGAUCUGGAGAGGAGAACCCUUGUGUGAAGGGUGAAAGGUGUUACUCAACCACUUGUUUUCUGGACUUCCACUCUAUCCUGCUCUUAUGCUUUCAUUACUGACUAUCCACUCUUCUCUCUCUUUCUCUCACUCCCACCUUCCCUCUCUCUCCUUCUCUGCUCUCCCUCUCUCCUGCUCUCUCCUAGCGGAGAAAACUCAGAAAGAUAAGAAAGAUCAAAAGGAUCAGGAUCCAGGUGACAUCAUCCUAUAUAUGAGCAUAUCCUAACCCAGUUAGAGACAUAGCAACAUAACAUCUCACAGCCUUCCUGAGGCACGACCUGGGAAAGUUACAGGAAUGUUGUGACAGCGUUAUGUCUCCACACCCCUGUCCUGUAGUUUCCCAUGUACCUGCACUGCAUUCCAGUGAUGGAGAUGCAGCCCUCCCCAGUGGGUGACUGUGGUAACCCUAACUGUCAAGUCCCCUCUCUAGCCCUCCUGUUAAGACCACUCAUCUGUGGAGUAGCUCCACCAAUGGGCCUCCUCUGAAUUAUCUUAAAAUUCUUCCACUUUCCUACAAUGAUGCUUCCUCUUUCCUACAAAAAUAAUAAUAAUGUCAAGAAGGAGGGGAAGAAAAGAAGUGAGGGAAUGAGGAAGGGAGGAAAAGAGAAGAUGGAGGGAAUUAGCAAACAAAUGAACAGAAAGAACAAUUUUAAGACCAUUCAGACCAUUGCCAUUGAGUAUCUCACUUGUGUGAUUGAAACCUGCAGAGGUAGCACUGCUUUAUUGCAAGCUUCAAUACAUGUAAGACAGCAGUGUUUGAAUUCAUAAGUUGUGCAAUGAAAGUAUUACUUCCUCUGCAGAAAGUGCAUGAACUAUAGUCUAUAAACAUCUCCAUGUCACGUUCGUUUAAUGACGGGACAGACCAAGGCGCAGCGUGAUAUACGUACAUGUUUAUUAAACCAAUAAACACUCGACAAAACAAUAAACGAAAUGAAACGUGAAGUCCAAGGUAGCACACACAACAUACCUUACAAGGAACAAGAUCCCACAACCCACUAGUGCCAAUAGGCUGCCUAAGUAUGAUCCCCAAUCAGAGACAACGAGCUACAGCUGCCUCUGAUUGGGAACCACACCGGCCAACAUAGAUCUACACAUAAUAGAUCAAAACAUAGAAAAAACACCACAAAGAAUAUACACACCCUGACUCAACAUAUAAGAGUCCCCUGAGUCAGGGCGUGACAGUACCCCCUCCCCCCCCCCCCCCCCCCCAAAGGUGCGGACUCCGACCGCACCAACCUGACAUGACAGGGAAGGGUCCGGGUGGGCAUUACGCCUCGGAGGCGGUUCCGGCUCCGGGCGUGACGACCACAAUCUCUCCUCCCCCCCAUUACGCCCCUGGUCCGGUCUGGACCUCAGCGCGCCGCUUCCCCUCUCCUUCCUCCCACGAUACACCAGACCCUGUCUGGACCCUGGUGUGAGAGACCCCGAACCUGGAGAGGGGCUGACGUCAGGCUCCGGACUGGAGCUGCUGACCGGAGCUGGACUAGGCACCGGUGGAGCGGACUGCUCUGGCUCCGGAGUGGAGCCGCUGACCGGAGCAGAAUCAGGCACCGGUGGAGCGGACUGCUCUGGUUCCGGAGUGGAACAGCUGACCGGAACUGGAUCAGGCACCGGUGGAACGGGCACGGGCCAUGCCGGACUGGCGAAGCGCACCACUGGCUUGGUGCGAGGAGCAGGAACAGGCCGGGUCGGACUGGCGACGCGCACCACUGGCUUGGUGCGAGGAGCAGGAACAGGCCGGGCCGGACUGGUGACGCGCACCACUGUCUUGGUGCGAGGAGCAGGAACAGGCCGGGCCGGACUGGCGACGCGCACCACUAGCUUUGUGCGAGGAGCAGGAACAGGCCGGGCCGGACUGGCGACGCGCACCACUGGCUUGGUGCAAGGAGCAGGAACGGGCCGGGCCGGACUGUGAAGGCGGACUGGAGGUCUGGAGCGGAGAGCUGGCACAACCCGUCCUGGCUGGCUGCCCACUUUCACACUACACGUGCGGGGCGCUGGCACAGGACGCACUGGGCUGUGCACGCGCACUGGCGAUACCGUUCGUAGAACUGGCGCAGGAUAUGCGGGACCGAGGAGGCGUACUGGAGACCAGGAGCGUUGAGCCGGCACACCCCGUCCUGGCUGGAUGCCCAUCUUCGCACGGCACGUGCGUGGUGCAAGCAGAGGACGUACAGGACUGUGCCGGCGCACUGGCGACACAGUACGUAGCUCCGCAUAACACGGAGCUUGCCCAGUCAUACGCUUCCUCGCGUGAGUACGGGGAGUUGGCUCUGCUCUAACCCUAGGCUCCGCCAACCACCCUGUGUGCCCCCCCCCAAACAUUUUCUUGGGGCUGCUUCUCGGGCUUCCUCCUCGACCGGCCUCCUCCGCGUUGCCAUUGCUCCUCUCCUGCCUGGGCAUCUACCUUAGCCCAUGGUCCUUUCCCCACGAAUAUCUCCUCCCAUGACCACAAAUUGGCCACCUGUGACAUGGCCAUCCGCUCCGCCUGGACACGCUGCUUGGUCCUCGUUUGGUGGGAUCUUCUGUCACGUUCGUUUAAUGACGGGACAGACCAAGGCGCAGCGUGAUAUACGUACAUGUUUAUUAAACCAAUAAACACUUGACAAAACAAGAAACGAAACGUGAAGUCCAAGGUAGCACACACAACAUACCUUACAAGGAACAAGAUCCCACAACCCACUAGUGCCAAUAGGCUUGCCUAAGUAUGAUCCCCAAUCAGAGACAACGAGCUACAGCUGCCUCUGAUUGGGAACCACACCGGCCAACAUAGAUCUACACAUAAUAGAUCAAAACAUAGAAAAAACACCACAAAGAAUAUACACACCCUGACUCAACAUAUAAGAGUCCCCUGAGUCAGGGCGUGACACUUCAAUGUACUAAAAUGCAAAGGAUUUGAAUAAAAACCUAAUAUCAAAGUUUGGUUACAAAAUAUGACUGAUGAGACGGUUUGGAUAUUCUGGCUGAUAUUGUCCAUAUGACCAUAAUGUUCUAUCAAUGGCAAUUUUGAUAGAUUGGAAAUAAGUAAGUGAAGCAAGAUGAUAUCGUAGAUCAUGAUAGCACAUAGUCUUCAUCAUUAUUAAUGUCACUUCAGACUGUUUCAGGUUCACAGUCUUGCUGGUGUCACUGUGUGAGAUGUAAUUAAUCAUUAAAUGUCACUGAUUAGACGGCGCUCACACCUGGUUUCCCAGGUCUAAAUCAGUAACUGACUAAAAAAGAAGCGGACAUCCCUUAUACUGUAGAAUGUGGCAAUACUGAGUUUCUGUUAUAGAAGAUCUAGGUGUUUGGCCUUGCCCCUCACCUCACCUGUAUCACUCCAGCACCCAUGCCCCUUCAUUGACCAAUGGAAGAAAUUACCUUUGUGUUUGCGGGCAUUCUUUUAAACCCUCCAUCCAUACUGGUGAACAGACCAUAAUUUCAACACAGGCAAUCCUCUGGCCACAGUCCAGUCCACAGACACCACUGGGCUUAAAGUGCUCUGCCAGUGUGUGUGGGUCACAGAGCUGUACCUCUGUACACUGCCAAUGAAACCCCUGCUACUACAGAGCCUCACUAGCACAAUGACAGAUGUGUGUGCUGGACAAAGAGCAGAAGCAGCGUGGAGAGGACAUGGUCUUUGCCUCAUUUCUUCAAGUGUAGAAGUCCACAUUGUCACAUUAAUCUCUCCAUUUUACUGGGACUGUAAAGAGAAAUGGAAAAUAAGUCAAGUAAGCCAGUGUUGUUGUGAAAAGUCUGUCCGACUGAUUCAUUAAGAGGGUGAAUCAGGCAUAUCUAAAGAUGUUUGACCCUCAGAUGCCCUGAAGUCUGAACGAGCACCCAAUAUGUUAUUGUAUAGGCUCCUACGCAGUUCUCCAGUUACCUAUGCUGACUCUCUCUCUCACAUAUACCAUCUCUUCACCAUAUUUAUUAUUAUUUUAUUUAUUUCAAAAGCAAACAUUUAUGUGUAGUAUCAUCACAACCUCAUUGGUCAGUUGAGCUGGUUGUGUUUCGUCACAUGAUCGCUGUAGACUGAAUUGGUAUCCAUUGAGUAAAGUAUGUGAACUAGAGGUCUUCACGUGUCCAAAGUUGGACCUGGGGUUUUUCACACCCGGGCCCAAUAUGCAAAAAUAAAUUUAAAAAGUGUAGAGACCCGUUCCGAACAGACCUGAGGACAACUAGAUCUGUUCCGUAUAGACCUGGUCGGAUCCAGACCCAGUCCGAUCCGAGUGAGGGAAGCCGCAGAAAAGUGAUUUUUUUAAGCUACUUUAUUAACCGGAGCUGAUAAAGUGCGAGAGGAGGGAGAGAGAGGUCCCGCUCUAGCAGGCGGGGGAGGGGCCAUACUGUGAGCGAGUGACACGGGGAGCAGGGAGGAGGGAGGGAGGAGGGAGGGAGAGACUAGAGACAGCAACCAACCAAGCCGAUAGUGGACUAAUAACUGCCAUAGCUAGGUUAUUUAUCAUCAAAUAUGAUUACGUAGUACCUGUCUUGACUGUAUCAAACCGGAGAGAAGCUAGUUAAGCUAGCUAACGUUAGCUAGCUAGGCUAAUUGAGGCUGCAGUGCAUGCGUUUUCUCAUCCUACAGUUACAAAUAACAACAACUCCAUUCAGAAUAUUAAGUAGCAGCCUACCGGUUGGCUCUUGGUCGUUGUAGCCUAUCCUUCUCCUUUAACUUUUAAUUCCGUCAUUUAAAUUCCAUCUUCCAUUGAUUAGAUAUCUCCUAACUUUUGCCACACGGAGGCUCUAUGACUGUAGCCUAUUGCCGCUUUGAUGACUUACGAUUGGCCAACAACAAGCUACACGCGCCACGCUCCACUCUCGUGAAAAGCAAGAGCAGCAGCAUACAUGAUAAAAUAUAUCUCUCUUUCUCUCUCUACUGCAGCAGUCGCGUUCGGAUCUGUACAGGCCCUUCCGGACAAGUCAGUUAAGAUUACAGACAUCCGAGACCCGUGACAAUCAGAUCAGACCCGUGACAUUAUUUAAAAUUCUGGAACAGGACCCGCUCGGGUCCCAGAUCGGGUCUCCGGUAUCCGGGUACAGGUGGAUCCGUGAAGACCUCUAAUGUGAACAGCAGACUUUCAUUGUGUAUUUUGUUCUUCAAGAUGGAUUUGAUGUAAAAACCUGCCAAUACUUGCACUCUACACUUUCUUAGUGGUUAUAUUUAUCCUGGUUGUCACAGCUAUCCUACUUAGCAGGGGAAAAGUACCAGACUUCAGGGAGAGUCGUUUUGCAUAUCACAUGUUAAACAUGAGCAUCUCACAUAAGCAACAUUCAAAGUGUGGAUGUCAGCACAUACCGAACAUGAGCGAUGCACGACGUUCUGCACAUUUUGCAUGAUAACUGUAGAACAUAUCCGUUGUUUUCCCUGUUUUAAUUUGUCUCAUUAUACCUGCAUUGUUCUAGAUGGUGGUAUUACAGUGUUGCCCUAGGAGGCUUACACAACAGCCCAACAUUAGCAUCAUGUUGAACAGACGUUGAGGGGAAGUUUUACAGCCAUGUAUCUCCCUCCAUAUUGACCUGUGACCUUUGUGCUUCAGAGAAUGUAGGGCGCUUAGUCACCCCUGCCAAAAAGCUGGAGGACACCAUACGUCUGGCCGAGCUGGUCAUCGAGGUCCUCCAACAGAAUGAGGAGCACCACGCAGAGGUGAGUACAGUCCACAUACAUGAAUCCAAGGUCAGUUAUUAUCAGAGCAGAGAGUUAAGAACUACAGAGAACCAUGUGGCAUUUAUUCUGUCUCUGACUCUGUUUAACAGGCUACAGUCACAGUCGGUACAGUAUUUACAUCAGUUUUUUUUACCUCCAUAUCUCACCGGUGCAUGCUAUCCAGACCGCAUUGGCCUGCACGGUAGGGGGUCAAGGUGUGGGUUUAAAGGUCAAAAUGGUUGCAUCACUCCUCACUCCUCUAUUUCAUGUGCACCAGGCAUCGUUUGGGAGGACAACGUUGAGCAGUGCACAGUUUGACUGGGGGACUUCUGAUUUGGUCACUCUGUUUCCUGUACAGGCCUCCUAGAAGGGAAUACCCAACAGGGCUUUAAUUAACCCUAUUACAUCAUAUCCUACCCUAGGCGCUAGGAAGGUUUUCCCGGUGAUGUCACAAGUUGCUCUUCCUGUAAAUGAGGGUGUCCCCAACAGAAGUUGCAUGGUGCUGGUAGAGCGGUGUAGUGUAGUGUAGUGGAGUGUAGUGUAGUGUAGUGUAGUGUAGUGUAGUGGAGGUUGGGUGUGAUGAUGAUUCAGACUCUAUCAUCCUGUUGUUGCAUCACACUGUAUUUGUACUCUUUCUGGAAAUGUGAAGAGAAUUUACAGACCUCAGCGACCCAUUUUUAACACCAACUGUGUCUAUUGAUUAUGUGAAGGCUAGUCCAAGUGCAUGGUUUUCCUCAUGCAUAUUAUGUUUACUCACAAAAGAGAAUGUAUACUUUUUUUUUAACAGACCUUGAGCUCUUGAGUAUGGUUGGUAAAUUAAACUACUAUUUUGUUCUCCAUUGGUUUGUAUCAUGUCUUUCUUUCACUGUCAUCAUCACAUAUUUCCUGCCAACUAACCAUUAGAAGGAAAAAGUCAACACAGGGAUGUGAACUUUGCAGAAGUAUACUUGGCUGAACCACUUCCUGUUCUCUUAUUGUUUGUUUUGUUUGCGGGGAAUGUUCGGACAGGGCAAAGAGGUAUGUGAUAGAUCCUCAAAUCCUGAUAACAUGACCCCUUAUCCCUGCCACCCCCCACCUGCCAUGACCCCUAACCCCUGUCACCCCCCCACCUGCCAUGACCCCUAACCCCUGCCACCCUCCACCUCCCAUAUUAUGUGAUGUACUGAAGAUGCCCAAUGCCCAGGGAUAAUCUUAACUGUUCCCAUCUCUCUUCCUAGUAUUACCCCAACUUCUUCCCUUAUACUUGUUUUCAGCCCAUCCUGGAGAGUUGUGCAAGUGCUUGUGCAGCACAAAAGGUUGCCUUUGGUGAAAAAGCAUCCUCAACAAGCACUGUGGCAGUGUCCCUGUCUAUCAUACUCAGAUCCCUCCCACUGAAAUACCCCCCGACCACAUCACUCCGCCCCUCCCCACUUGGUAUGGUGCAGUUUUAUCUGUCCAUCCCAACUGCCACAGCCAACUCUGGUCCCAUCCUGUCAGUGAAAGGCCUGAUCUGUGGUGCUGUGUGUUUGGGGAAAGCUGUGUGA